GUUGAUCUCGCGAUGGAGAACGACGUCAAAGUUUUUUUAUAAAAACAAUUUAGAUGAUUAUAUGGAUUUAAAUUAAGUUUAUUCUUGUGUUAAUUUAAAAAAUACUGGCUACCUAAUGUUCUAUACUCACCACUAGCUAAUAAACGAAAUAUCUUGAAGAAAGAAAAUGAUUGAUGUCGAUAAUACGGUUUUGAUAAAACCUUUAGAGCCAGCCCAUAUUAUCCAGUAGACUUUUUAUGGAAGAAGAUCCUAGAGCUUAAACGAUAUAAAAAUUCUAGUCAUAUAUCAAAAUGUGUAAUAAAAUUAUAUUGCUGUUUGUCGUCUUAACGGCGGUGUGCUUUCUCCAAUGUCAUUCAACUGGACCAACGCAUGGAAAAGUUGUCAUGUGCUAUCUAGCCACAUGGGCCACGUACCGCCCUGGUGAAGGCAAGUUCGAUCUCACGGACCUAGAUCCAUCUCUGUGUACCCAUGUCGUCUACAUAUUCGCUGGUCUUGACGAAAAUAUGAUGACAAUUAAAAGUAUCGACAGUGCACUUGAAAAAGGUUACUCGAACGCAGGCUAUCAGAGUCUUGCUAAACUUAAAGAAAGAUUUCCUCAUCUAAAGAUAAUAUUAUCUGUUGGUGGCUGGAACGAAGGUACAACCAAGUAUUCAAAGAUGGCCGCAGAUUCCAACUUCCGAGCUAAAUUUAUACAAAGUACAGUGGAAUUCUUAAAGUUACAUCAAUUUGAUGGACUGGACAUGCAUUGGAAAUAUCCUGUCGUAAGGGACGACAAACCUGAAGACAGACCUAACUUUGUGUCUUUAAUAAAGGAAUUAAAACAAGCAUUCACUCCUCAUUCUCUCAUCUUGACAGCGGCGCUGGGAGCUACAAAAUAUACUUUGGAUCAGUCAUACGACUUGCCUCAAUUAGACAAAUAUAUUGACUACUUUAAUGUAUUAUGUUAUGAUUAUCAUGGUUCUUGGGAAGGAGUUAUAGGAGUGAAUGCAGCUCUUUAUGGGGUCAACGACAAUGAUUUUGUUAAUGUGGACUAUACUCUUAAGUAUUUGCUGUCUCAUCAAGUUACUCCGGGAAAAAUAAUCCUCGGCCUAGCUUUCUUCGGACACGGUUACAUUCUGAAGGAUCCCGUCACACCAAAUAUAGAGUUUGGUAUAACACCAAUCUCAACACAAUCGUGGCAAGGACCUUUGAGCAAAGAAUCUGGCUUUAUGGGUUACAAUGAAAUUUGCAAAGAAUUGAGUGAGCCAACUUCUAAAUGGGUACGCCACUGGGAUGAAAAGACUGCAACGCCGUAUCUACGCGACGGCGCUCGGGUCAUUACAUACGACAAUCCAAGGUCGAUUGCUCUUAAAGUCAAGAAAGCUGUGGAAUACAAUCUAGGCGGCGUGAUGGCAUGGUCUGUGGACACUGACGACUUCAGAGGUCUCUGUGAAAAGGAAGCUGACUACGUAUCUGUGUCAUAUUCCACUCUAUGGGAUUUCGCUCACAAGUACAACCGCAUCGCCAAUAAUCCGGUGCUGGAAGGAAUUCUUAAGAACCGAAAUCUCCCAAGUGCUGCCCGUUUAGACCGACUGACUGAUACGCCGCCUAGUCAUACAGACGUAGUCACAAGAAGUAAGAACCGAAUCUGGUUGUCGGAAUCUGAAACUUCAAACUACGCGCUACUGCAUACUAUUGAUGACGUCAUGCACCUCGCGUUAGAAGAAAAAGGAAUCAGUGACGAAAUGAUCAAGCUAUUAACUGAAAAAGCUGAAUCCGGCGGACAGAAUAGUACAAGCGUUUACACAAUGGUCUGUUAUUUCUGCUUUAUUUAAGAACAU